GCCGAACUUCCCGUGCCGCUUCCGUCGCCUCCGGUGCGACCGAGUGAUCCUCGAAAGUCGUUCUUGUUCUUCUAGAACUUCCCAUUUGCCAGUCAGAAGGAACGGGAAAUUACAUCGGCACUCUAGGGGAAAAGGUGGAAGGUUUGCAGUACGAGUGCUGUUUUGGAUCCGAUUUCUUUUUUCUUUUUUUUUGCACCAUGCGCGUUAGCCUGCUUCAAUUCAUCACGAUUCAUCGUGUCUGUAUUACGCAAGACUGGAAUAUUUUAGAAGUGUCUAAACGCGUGUUUCUCUGUGGGUUGGUGCACUUACUGGCUGAGGUACACCUGCACAAAAUAGUGAGCGGAUCCCCCCCAAAAAAAAAACACUUUUUUUUUUGACACUGUCACAGUUUAAGAAUGAUUAUUAUUGUGGUUGCGGUUUUCAGGGAUGUACAAACUGCGCUGUAGACAACUGAGAGGUUUCUGUAUUGGGCUAAUAGCACCAUAAAACAUAUAUAUAUUUUUUUUUUAUUUUUUAUUUUUUUUAAAUCACUAUAACCACAUUGUUAAAUGCAUACAAGUCUCUACAACACAGACAAUAAAAACUGCCUAAUAGUCUUGUAAGAUGUUUACAACUGGGCAUUAUCCAUGUAAAUACAGACUUGUCGCAUGCCUUCUGUAUCACCACCGUAUAGCUGUGAUUGUUUCACAAGUGUCAUUGGGUGUUAAGUGUGCUAAACAUCUGCCUCACAGCUCUGAGGACGCGGGUUCAAAUCCGGCUGAGUUUCCAUGUUCUCCUCGUGCUCGUGUGGAUUUUCUCCAGCAUCUUCUGCACAUCAUUCUCCUGCUUCUUCAGCUUCUACCUCUGGCCUCGAGCUGCAGCAGCCGACGGUCUCUCGCAGAACUCGGACAUGAUUACAGCCCGGUCGUGGAAACGGAUCUCAACAACGCAAAAGGAAGAAUCGCUACCCUGCUGCGAAACACGUCUUGUACUGAGGACACACAAAGUGUGCGAAGCUGUACGACAAGAAACAACACAGAUUUUGUCAGCACAUUACACAAUUUAACCUGCCAAAUGAAGACUAUAAAACCUUCCCUCACAAAGCAACUGGUCAGCUCGGUCCUCGACUCAAUAGAAUGCUUUUGCUCGGUGAAAUCGAGUGAAGAACACAAAGCCAAGUCAAAGAGGACGACAGCAAUGACACCAAAUCACAAGCAGCAGAGAAAAAUCAGCAGGGAGACCCAAAAACUUUGCAAAGUUAAUGCAAUCUUAUCUAGCAUGACCAAGUGCUAUGAGAUCCUGAAUUCACUGUUAGGGGACACCCGAUAGCAGCACACCGCUUGGGUUAUUUUAACACCAGCAAAUUCUUUCGUACUCCAUGAUUGGGUUACAAAAGAGGAAGCUCCCACUUCAUUUAAGCUACCCUGGCAAGUGACCUUUCUUUGGCUCGUGUAUGACAAAUGACUCUUUAGCUACGCUUUACACAGCCAACACAAUGGGAAGUGCAAAGGCCAAGUGAUUGAGUUUAUGAUUCAAAACGGUUCCGUUUUGAACACCCGCGAACUUGCUCUGCAAAGUGUGACUAUACAUUCCCAUAUACUGAAGUGCACAGUAAAAAGAAGUGUAACAGUGACAUAAGGGCAACUACUAUUCAAGCUUAUUUUAGGGUUUACACUCAUCUAUCACUGCUCGAGAAGUGAAAAUAAAUGUGCUCGUGCCGCUUUAUUUUCAAUUUAAAUCCACACAACCAGCCCUGGUUUGUAAUCAGAUGGAUUGGCACCCAUUUUACAUUAGAAAAAUCUCCCACCAAACAAAAAUGUACUCCCAAAUUGACUUACUCAGUGUGAAAUUUGGUGCUAUUUAAUCUCACACAAAACUGCUAUGCUUGCAAUAAACUAUGACUUAAUCUAUUAUAUGAAUCACAACAGGUAGAUACACGUGUAUUGUACCGUCUCCCAUUUAAUGGAAGAGUUUAAUUUCUGGAAGAGCAUUUAAUUGCUCUGCCUGUCAUGACACUUCACUUGCAUGGAUAGAUAAAGCUAUAUUUGCAAUUACACAUGAAGUGAAAUUGGAUAAUUCUCUGCAGCAUCCCUGAUGAUCUCUCACUGCAUACUAGUGCCACGGGCACCCUGGUCAUAAAUCUGGAUGAGAUGACACAGCAGAUCACUCGCUGUGUAUGACUGAUGUGUUAAAAGCCAAUGUUGCAAUAGAUGGCUGAGUUCAAACACACACACCUAAAUCUGUUCAAGGUCAGCACCAAGAAGUUCUCAUUGUUCAAUUGCCACAUACUGUAUGUUGCGAGAGCUAAACUUGACAUUUGUUGGUUUAUGUACAAGACACCCAUAUUAGCAUUUGACGUAUAUAACCCAU